CCAGAACACCCCCACGCCUCUCCGCUCCCCGCACCUUCACAAUGUCUGGCAUCGCCUCCGGCCUCUACAACUCCCUCUUCAGGAGGAACACCACCAUGCUCGGCGCCGUCUUCCUCAGCGCCUUUGGCAUGCAGCUGGCCUUUGACACCGGUUCGGAGAGGGUUUGGGACUCCAUCAACAAGGGCCGCCAGUGGAAGGACAUCAAGGCCCGCUACGUCCAGGCCAGCGAGGAGGAUGACGAUGAAUAAGGUGGCGGCGCACAACAUGAGAACACGGUGAUUCAAACGAGGUGCGGAUGUCCCGUUUGGAGUUGCUAGAGGGUUGAACUGUACAUUGUGUAUGAUGGCCAGAAGGACCAUGAAGAAUGGUUGACAACGUCAGUUUCCUUGUUUAACCCAUUGUGGCUCUGAAGCGUGAAUGAAAGCAUACGUUUUAGUGGUAGCCAUGGAGAAGCCGGCGCGCCGGCAACCCUCGCUGAGCAACCAGAAAACUCCAUGCAUGCAAAUACAUAGCAUAUGAGCAGUUUACACUGC